ACCUAGAAAGUUUGUUAAGAGACCAACAUGUGCUCUCCUGCCAGUUCCAAAAUCCUAUACAGGAAUCCCAGGUUUCUCCGCUUAGCUUUUCUGCAGCUUCAUCACCAGCAACAGACUGGUGUGUUCUGUGAUGUCCUUUUGCAGGCAGAAGGUGAGGCAGUCCCAGCUCAUUGCUGCAUCCUGUCAGCCUGCAGCCCCUUCUUCACAGAGCGCCUGGAGCGGGAGAGGCCAGCUCAGGGUCGGAAGGUGGUGCUGGAGCUGGGGGGCUUGAAGAUCAGGACACUCAGGAAGCUGGUGGACUUCUUAUAUACCUCAGAGAUGGAAGUAUCUCGAGAAGAAGCCCAGGAUGUGCUUUCUGCUGCCCGUCAGCUCCGUGUAUCUGAGCUAGAAUCCCUUCAGCUAGAGGGUGGGAAGUUGGUGAAGGCUCCCCAGGGCCGAAGACUGAACAGGGAGUGCUUACAGCCUCCAGCAGCUGCACCAAUCUCUGCCAGGGUGGUGGCAUCCAGCCGCCGCCCUCGGACUCCACUGCCUGUGACCCAGACUCCUUGCCCUCUUGGGCCAGUGAGAUUGAAGUCCUCAGGGAAGGAGGAGGGGCCCCUAGAAAAAAGCAACCGACAGAAUGCAGAGAACUUGUCUGGCAACCUGCUCAAGAAGAAGGCCAGAGCUUGCCCAACUCCACAAGAAAAAAGCUCUUCACCAUCAAGCCACAGUCAGGGACCAAGAGAGAACAAGAGUGACCCUGCCAUUGUUCCUACAGCACUUUCUCCACCCAGUAUGUACCCUUCUGUGGAUGAGCGGCUAUUGCCCAGAAAGAUCAGACUGAGUCGCUCAAAGCCGUCUCCGGAUAUCUGUACAUCCAAGCCUUCUAGCAUGGUAAGCAGACCCACCUCAGUACCCACAGCCCCUGGCCGGCGCCUUUGGCGGCAGAAGAGUAUAAAUAAAGUACCAGAAGACAAGGAGAAACCAGGGAGAGCUAGUCCUCUACAGAGCAUCCCAAGCCCAUCUGGCCUUGGGAAGACAGGUGGGAGCAAGAAGCGGAGCCCUGAAGUUAGGGCACCGAACUCAGACUCUGUAGAAGAGGGGCAAGUUGGAAGAGUGAAACUUCGGAAGAUUGUCAAUGGGACAUGCUGGGAGGUGGUACAAGAGCCUCCCCUCAAAAACUCUCAAGACAGCCCUCAGAUCCCAGAAGCACAACACUCAGAAGGGACUGCGAGUACUCAGCCAUCCUCACAUAGAGAGCAGGAACUGUCAUCUGCUCAGGUAGAACUGUGUCAGGACUCCCCCUUGUGCUCUAGACUCCAAGACAUUCUGCUUUCUGCUAGCCGCUCCCCAGACCACCCAGUGGUGAAGUCUGAGUUCGGGUCCAGUCCAGAACUGAUAGGGAAGGAAACUGGGUUGGAUAUAGACUGCAGAGAGCCGUAUGCAUUUGACACAGCCCUGCUGGGGCAGCCCUGCGAAGCCGAGGAGUACCGCAUCACGACUGCUGCUGCCACCAGCGAGCUGGAGGAGAUCCUGGACUUCAUGCUGUGUGGCUCAGACAUUGAGCCCCCCAUAGGGUCUCUGCAAAGUCCUGGAGCAGAGGGCUGCAGGACCCCUAGCUAUCACCUGACAGAAACAGGAAAGAACUGGAUCGAAGGGGAAGAAUGGUGUUUGCCAGACUUGGAACUCUGGCCCAGGGAGCUCACAGGACUGGAAAAGGAACCUGUUGGUGAGAACAAAGAGCCAAUUGAGUCCCUUAGCCCCCUUGUCAUACCCUCUGAGGUGAGUGAAGGGGAGGUACUUUCAGUAGGAGGUUCCUGGACUCCAGAUCUGGAAAUUACCAGUUCCCAACCAUUGGAUGGUCGGAGAGAGAAGCUUCAUAUUGACUCUCUUGACCUUCCCCAAAGGUCCUAUGAGGACCUCUCACCUCCCUGUUCAAACUGGUUGGACACUAGGCCAGAAGUGUCCCUAAGUAUGGAUGAGGUGUUGUAUUCUGCUCCAGAGGCGGGCAAGGAGGUACCUGACAACUCUGAGUUGUUGGACCCGCUUCCUGCCAGCUCCGAAGAGGAAGAGAUUGAUGUGGUGGACUGGACAUCAGAGGGGAGGCUGGUGCCCACUGGUAUUCCCUCUGUGUGGCCCGACCCUUCCUCAGAGUCAGACACAGAAGUGGACAUACUAACGUAG